AUGAAUACAAAUCAACCGAUUCUGUCUCGCAAACGGCAGCAUUCAGAGCAACCCUUGGCAUCACCUGAACAGGCUCGCAAGAAGCAGGGAGUCGACCAUCUUAGCGAUUCCCAACCCCCUGCAGCAUCCUGGGAUGAUUUAUCACAAAUAGGGCUAACUCGUAACGCUCUUCCGGAACUUGAUCGAAGGAACAACCAAGCUCCAGCAAGCCUGCGCCAAUCAAUUCAACUUUUGAAACCCAUCACCGGCAAGGAACUUCACCCAGUUCCUCAACGAUUUUCUCGGCAAGGCGGCCCGGAUUUAUCGGAUCUAAGAGGUGUAUAA